AUGCGACUCUCACAGACUCCCCCGAGUCUUCUCUCGCUUCUCUUCUUGGCCCUUGCGCAAACCGACACGGCCGACGCAGGACCCUUUGCCAGAGACUUCCUCCAUGAUCUCGGCUUUGGAUUCUUGCAGCCGAGGGAAUGCGUCGCCUACUGCGGGACUGACAAUCAGUACUGCUGUACAGCGGGUCAGGCCUGCUAUACAAAUGCCGGCAUAGCGGGCUGCACAGCGACACCUCAUGCUCCCGUGCAAGGAGCUGGAGGAUUCGUAGUCUACACUACAACCUGGACCGAGACGGAUCUGGUCACCAAGACAUCAACAAUCAGCUACGGAUGGGCAGACCCUACGCCCCCAGCUUGGGUGCCGCCAGCCGUCAUAACCCCGGCUAUCUGCACCCCCAGCCUCGGCCAAUCCUCCUGCGGAGCCAUCUGCUGCGCUUCCGAUCAAAGAUGUGCACCCCAAGGAAACACAUGCACACCGUACUCCUCGACUUACACGGGAACACCGACCCUCUACUCGGCCCCUACUCGCCCCACCAGCGGCGACUUAACUGCAAUAUUGACCGCCUCGGUGACAGCAACCGUACCAUUCAUCCCCGCGGCCACCGCCAGCGGCAGCGCGUUCCCAAUAGCAUCUAAUAGCGACGAUGGCUUGAGCGCCGGCGCAAUCGUAGGAAUCGUCAUUGGAGUCAUAGCAGGCAUCAUCCUGCUUCUGCUCCUCUGCUUCUGCUGUUGCGUGAAGGCCGGACUUGACGGCGUCCUCGCCAUCUUCGGACUUGGCGGCAAGAGGAAGCGCAGAUCCACCGACCGCAUAACGGUCGAAGAGUACGGCCGCCGCCACUCCAGCGGCACCGCGGCUCGUCGAGACACGCACUCGAGCUGGUUCGGUGCCGGCCGCAGACCCGCGAAGGUCACGGAGAAGAGGAAGAAGGACAGCGGGCUCGGCGGCAUGGGAAUGGUCGGCGCCGGACUCCUGGGCCUGGCGGCCGUUCUCGGGCUGAAACGCAAGAACGACAGAAGGGAGAGUCGGAGUUCGAGGACGGACUACAGUAGUACCUACUACACCGAUUCCUACACGGGAACUAGCGCGAUGCAAGUUCAGACCGGAGAACGCGCGAGUCUCGGGGGACGAGAGGCACGAGAGGCACGAGAGGAACUCGCCGCUAAUCCCAGACGCAGCGAGCUAAAUGAAAGGGUGAAACAUAGAUGA